UUUUUUUUUGUUAUGUUGUAUCAUUUUCUUGCACACCCCCUUUUUUUUCGAACUUUGAUACAUUUAUUUUCUUUACCCUUUUUUUUUAUAUACACAUAUAUUGCGUUCACUAACUAUAAUAUAACGAUUUCAGCAAAUAUAUAUAAUUAAAAGAAAUAUAUACAAAUAAAUAUACAUUUAUAUAGUUAUAAUGUCCGGAUCUAAUGCACGUCUUAAUAUUUUUCCUACGCGAAUGGCUCUUACAAAUAUGAAGCAGAAAUUAAAAGGUGCUCAAACUGGUCAUUCACUUUUGAAACGUAAAUCUGAAGCAUUGUCUAAACGUUUUAGAGGAAUUACAGUUAAAAUUGAUGAGCUUAAACGUAAUAUGGGUCAAGUUAUGCAGCUUGCUUCUUUUUCUCUUGCUGAGGUUCAAUACAUUACUGGCGAUAUUAGUUACCAAAUUCAAGAAGCCUCUAAAACAGCUCAAUUACGUGUUCGUGCUAAGCAAGAAAAUGUCUCCGGUGUUAUGCUUCCUGCAUUUGAAAUGUAUAAUGAAGGAGGAAAUGCAUUUGAAUUUACUGGUCUUGGUCGUGGUGGUCAGCAAAUCCAGAAGACUAAAGAAGUUUAUACAAAAGCUGUAGAAACAUUGGUUGAAUUAGCUAGUUUGCAGACAGCUUUUGUUAUCUUGGAUGAAGUUAUUAAAGCAACUAAUCGACGUGUAAAUGCCAUUGAGCAUGUUAUUAUUCCUCGUUAUGAAAAUACUAUCAAAUAUAUCAUUUCUGAAUUAGACGAGCAAGAUAGAGAAGAAUUUUUCAGAUUAAAGAAAGUCCAAAGUAAGAAGAAGGAGCGUGCUCAAAAUGAAGAAUCUAUCAGACUGCAAGAGGCAGAUCUUGCUGAAAAGCGUGGUCAUGAAGCACCAAUUCUUCAAGCGGCUUAUGAAACAGGUCAAAUUGACAUGCUGGAUCAUGAAGAUGAAGAUAUUAUUUUCUAGUUCUAAUAAGAAUCUUUUCUUAGCAAAAAAAAAAGGGGGAGCGUUAUAUAUAAAGGAAACAAUAAUAAAAGUGAUGAAUAAGAGAGAAAGAUUCCCUAUGAGAAGCAUUUUUCUUUCCUUUUCUUUUUCUUUUUUC